UGUAAACCGAGAAAAGUUAUGGAGCCAGUUGAGGGAAUAUGGUCUAGAUAGAAAGAUGAUUGAGUUCCUACAACAAGUUUAUACAGAUAAUGAGGUAGAGAUAACACGGGAGGGGGAAACUACAAAGCCAGCUAAAAUAAGAAGAGGUCUCAGGCAGGGCUGUCCAUUGUCGCCUCUGCUUUUUAUGAUUUACAUGAGCCAAAUGGAAAAGAGACUAGAACAGAGCACAAUAGGAACUGACAUAAGCUAUAUGCUGGAAGGGCAGAAGGUAGCUCAAGUACUAGCCGGACUGAUGUAUGCAGAUGAUAUUGUACUGCUUGCUGACACCCGAGUAGGGCUACAGGAACUAAUGAGCAUAUGUGGAGAGGAGGGAGAAAAAUUGGGACUGCAAUUCAGUAGAGAGAAGUCUGGGAUAAUAGCAUACAAUGAAGAAAGGGGGGAACCAUUGGAAAUACAAAGCACUAAGAUUGAUCAUGUUGAAAAAUACAAGUAUUUGGGCAUAUGGCUAAACGAGGGCAAAAAGUACUUGGAAGAACAGGAAAAAAUUAUGAUUGAAAAAGUGAAAAGGAACUCAGCGGUAAUGAAACACAAGGCACUUUCGAACUAUAAUAGGUACGAGGUGGUUAGGGGCGUAUGGAAAGGGGUUAUGGUACCUGGCCUCACAUUCGGAAAUUCAGUACUGUGCAUGAAAUCGGAAGUUCAGGCAUGCAUGGAAACGAGACAGAGAAGUGUAGGCAGGUUGGCCUUAGGAGCACACGGGAACACCCCUAAUGAGGGAGUGCAGAGGGACAUGGGAUGGACGUCAUUCGAAGGUAGAGAGGCAAUAAGUAAACUAAAAUUUGAACAGAGACUCCCAGCACUGGAGGAAAAAAGGUGGGCAGGAAAAGUGUACAAAUAUCUGUACUUGAAAAGUUUGAACACAAAGUGGACACUCAGAACGAGGAAGCUGAGGAAUAGAUACCUACAGCCGAGGGAGGGGGUCAAACGUGGUUCUAGUGUGGGAAAGGAGGUGAAGGAGACGGAAAGAAAAAUGUGGGAAGAAAGAAUGCUCGGAAAGCCAGCGCUAUCAAUGUAUAGGUCACAAAAACAGGAGAUUAAGAGAGAGCUCUUAUUUGAUGACUCGCGGGGCAGCUCACUAUUAUUCGAAGCUAGGACGGGGGUUUCGAGAACGAAAACAUACAGGGCUAAAUUUGAAGACGUGGACCUUCGGUGCACAGCUUGCGGAGCCGAAAUGGAGACCACUGAGCAUAUAGUGCUGAGAUGCACAGACCUUCGCCCGACCCUGGCAGAGGGAACAGUGGCAGAUAUGGAAGGGGCAUUAGGUUUUCCCGGGGAACGAGGGCAAAUAGACGAGAAAAGAGUGGCAGUAACGAAGGGGAGGCUAGAGGAUUGGUGGAGGAAGUCAAGGGAUAGAUAAUACCAUAAAUCGGCGAGAUAAUGUCUCCUCUACUGUUUUAGAUAGCUAUAUUGGGGGGAGGAGAGGAGUGAAAACUAGAUUAAGGAAAAGAGGAUAUAAAAAAAGGAAAAAAAAGAAUACUAAAAUAGGAGGGGAAGCAAAAGGCUAGGUGGCGCCAGCCGCCGCCCGUUACAAAGGGCAUAGCCGCCAUCCAUCCAUCCAUCCGGCGUCUCCCUUGUAGUGUCGUGAUGUGUGCGUGCGUGCAGCCGUGUGUUUGGGCUUUAUAAGUUGGUUCUUUACUCUAUGUUGUGGGACGGUGUGGGUGUGGUCCAUGUUGGCCGUACACGUGGCAGUUAUGCAACCGAGGGAUGAUCCUGUUGAAGUUUCCGGCGGUAUGCGGUUUUCAGCGGUGACGCCUGUUGCAGGAGUGUCACUCGACGAGGUUACGAGCUCGAAGCUGUGGUCAGAUUCCUCGUUGGCGUUCCGUAAUUCUCUUCGCACGGGCGCAGUAUGUUGCAAAAGCCGCUUUCGCGAUCUAUCGUAGCGACGAUAGAUCGGGUUUUUUUAUUAUUAUAAGUACUUAUCCAGCUGUAGGGCACAUGUAACCGACAAGCGGAAGUCUCAGGAGAGCACCUGAGAUUAUAAUAAAGCAGGCGGCGCAGGAACUCCAGGGCACCCAAGGGACAGUGGAGGGAUCAAAGCUCGAAGCAGUACGGGAUCUGAUGUGCAUAUCUGCAGUUUAUGGAUACAUGUAAAAGACUCGGCAUCAAGUGAAAGUGAACGGUCCCACAGGCCCAGAGUCGAUCAUGCAAAUAGAUUCGCUGCACAAAUUUGUGACCAGAAAAGAUAUUCCACAUGAAAUGGCAUGCAAGGAAGUGUUGAAAAUAUUGCACAGUUAAUAAAACGCCUACGCUACUAAUAUGUGGGUUGAUGCACUCGUUAUGCAAAACGGAGGUGAGGCGUGCAGACAGGACACAAGAGUAGAGUAUUUACAAGCAAACAGCACGAGCGCCGCCCACUUCUCUACUCUUG